AGAGAGAGAGAGAGAGAGAGAGAGAGAGAAAUUGAAACCGCUUUAAUUCAAACUUGCCCCUUUUCUCACUCGCCUCUGUUUAAAACUUUCCGUCCAGCCUCUCUCGCCCUCACUUGUGCGUGGACGGUCACUCAAAAGUUUGACAAACUUCACAGGCACAGCAUGCGGUGACCCGCGCGCAACUGUUCAGACAGAAAGAUCAGUGAAGAAGAGAAAGUGCGCGUGACACUUGACCCCCUCCACGUCUUAGUGGCUCCCGGUUUGGGGUCUCCUGCGCGGGACAGAGGGGCACAAACUGCCACCUGCUUACCCUGCAGCUGUGUUUGAGAACAAGACAGGACAUUAAACCCUAAACAACUAGACUGGCUAAGCCGGCGACUGGGAGACAGAGGGGACUGGGAGUGUGUGCGGUUUGUACAUCUCCAACGAUUGUCUGGAGAAGAAAUCAUCUCAUCUCUAUCAGGUGCCACAAGGCGAGUUCAGCAUAGUGAGAGCGAACGCCCCGGCAGGGUCAAAGGUUGAGGUGAAAGUUCGUGGCCAUGGCGACACGAGGGAUGAUGACCCGGCUCUUGAUGCUGCUGGGUGUGCUGGCAGUGGCUCAUGCUUCCGCCUUCUUGUCCAAUCAGAGACUGAAGCCCCGAUUCCAGAGAGACCGCCGUAACAUCCGUCCCAACAUCAUCCUCAUCCUCACUGAUGACCAAGACGUUGAGCUGGGCUCUAUGCAGGUCAUGAAUAAGACCCGGCGGAUCAUGGAACAGGGUGGGACCCGCUUUUCCAACGCUUUUGUCACCACGCCCAUGUGUUGUCCGUCACGUUCCUCCAUGCUGACUGGGAAGUAUGCCCACAACCACAAUACCUACACCAACAACGAAAACUGCUCCUCACCCUCCUGGCAAGCUCAACAUGAGCCACGGACAUUUGGAGUGUAUCUAAACAACACUGGCUACAGGACAGGAUUUUUUGGCAAGUAUUUGAAUGAGUAUAAUGGUACUUACAUUCCUCCUGGCUGGAAGGAGUGGGUCGCCAUGGUGAAAAAUUCCCGCUUCUAUAACUAUACCCUGUGCAGGAACGGCAUCCGAGAGAAACAUGGAGCUGAGUACUCAAAGGACUACUUGACAGAUCUCAUAACCAACGACAGCAUUAGUUACUUCCGCAUGUCCAAGAAGAUCUACCCUCACAGACCAGUGAUGAUGGUUAUCAGUCACGCUGCCCCCCAUGGCCCAGAGGAUGCAGCACCUCAGUACACCACUGCGUUCCCCAAUGCAUCACAGCACAUAACGCCCAGUUAUAACUACGCCCCUAAUCCAGACAAACACUGGAUUAUGCGCUACACCGGAGCCAUGAAGCCCAUUCACAUGGAGUUCACCAACAUGCUACAGAGGAAACGACUGCAGACGCUGCUCUCCGUGGAUGACAGUGUGGAAAAGGUUUACAACAUGUUGGUGGACACUGGUGAGUUGGACAAUACGUAUGUGAUUUACACAGCUGACCACGGAUAUCACAUUGGUCAGUUUGGACUGGUGAAGGGGAAGUCAAUGCCAUACGAGUUUGACAUCAGAGUUCCCUUUUACAUUCGUGGCCCGAAUGUGGAGGCUGGAGGCAGCAACCCUCACAUGGUCUUGAACAUUGACUUGGCCCCCACCAUCUUGGACAUAGCUGGGAUAGAUGUUCCACCAGACAUGGACGGCAAAUCCAUCCUGAAACUCCUGGACACUGACCGUGUUAUGAACAGGUUCCAGUUGAACAAGAAAGGAAAGGUGUGGAGAGACUCAUUCCUGGUGGAGAGAGGGAAACUGCUGCAUAAAGUGUUGAAUGAUGGGAAAGAAAUGGCCCAGGAGGAGAACAACCUGCCCAAAUACCAGCGCGUUAAAGACCUGUGUCAGCGCGCGGAGUACCAGACGCCAUGCGAACAAAUUGGUCAGAAGUGGCAGUGUGUGGAAGAUGCCACGGGGAAGUUGAGAUUGUCUAAAUGCAAAGGCAUGGCCAGUCUGUCGUCUGUGAAGAAGCCGCCUGUAUCCAACAUAAAAUCACAACUAUACCUGCAGAGUAUGAAUGCUGAUGUCAGUGUGAACUCUGACCCUCAAGACUGUGACUGUGAACCCAAAACUUACAGACUGAGCACAUACUCAAAAAACAAACUUCUCUCCAAAAAGAAACUGAAAGCGUUAAAGAGCUACUCUAGGAAUCGCUAUGCUCGUGCGCUCUCAAUGGGGGGAGACCUGUACGCCGUGGACCUGGAUGGUGAAUACAGACCCUCAGGCCCCAGGAACCACACCAUCAGACAGAACACAGCGGAUGAGAGCGAGUUUAGUGGCAUGGGACCCAAUGCAAUCAGCCAGACCAGCAACAGCCUUGAUGUGUCUUCAUCUGUUAAAGUCACACACAGGUGUUCAAUUCUGGCCAAUGAAACAGUAAAGUGUGACAUUGGUCUGUACAAGUCUCUGCAAGCGUGGAAGGAUCACAAGCUCCAUAUUGACCAUGAAAUCGAAACACUUCAGACGAAGAUUAAGAAUCUGCGCGAGGUCAGAGGUCACCUGAAAAAGGAACGACCAGAGGACUGUGACUGCAGCAAAUACAUUUACAAAUCCAAGUAUAAGAGUAAGCUAAGAAAAUACAAAACAGGAAGUGUCCAUCCAUUCAGGAAAGGACAGGAGAAGGAUAAAAAGGCCUGGGUAUUGAUGGAGCAAAAGCGCAGAAAGAAACUACGUAAGCUCCUUAAACGUCUGCGUAACAAUGACACCUGCAGCAUGCCUGGACUAACCUGCUUCACACACGACAACCAGCACUGGCAGACCGCUCCCUUCUGGACAUUGGGGCCGUUUUGUGCAUGCACCAGCGCCAAUAACAACACCUACUGGUGCAUGAGGACCCUUAAUGAGACGCACAACUUCCUGUUCUGUGAAUUUGCCACUGGAUUUCUGGAAUACUUUGACAUCAACACAGAUCCAUAUCAGUUGAUAAACGCAGUAAACACACUGGAUCGCUUUGUUCUGAAUCAACUGCACGUUGAGCUCAUGGAGCUCAGAGGCUGUAAGGGACACAAGCAGUGUAACCCCCGCACACGUAGCCUAGAGAUCGAGGGCAAAUUUGGGAAGGCUGGGAAGGAUAAUUCCUGGAAGGAGGACGUCCAGGAAAACACUGACCUGUUUCCCGGAGAGUCGAACUGGUCAGAACUUGAACCUUUGUACAGACUUGAUGAGCACGCCUAUGAUCUCAAACUCAACUUCACACUCAGUCUGGAGGACUGGGCUCAUUUCAGCCGCUCUGUGGACCAGAUGUUCACGCUCCUCAGCAACGACAACCAGCCCUACUAUCCGGAGGAUGGAGAAAUAAGGAGAGGCCACGCCCUAGUGUCCUCCUCCAGCCAAUCCGCUUCAGCCAUCUACCUGACCACUCUGGCCACACCCGCUCUUUUAUUAAAAGAAGCAGGCGCUGAGGUUUUAAAAGACGCUUUGGGGUUAAACCAGGGCGGACGUCCUUCAUCUUCAUCACGUCGCCCACCACCUGUUCGGCUAGGGCCGGGAGAUGAUUUUUUGAAACAGAGAGAAGGUUCGGAGAGAGAAGAGAGGGACGGUGAUGAGGAGGAAGGGGAGGAGUUUGCGACGAGACGGACGGGGAGUUUAAGCUCCACCCACUGUGACUGCAACAGUGUUUUGCAGGAAUCGGUUUGACUCUCAUUUUACGUUCCUCUCCCUUCUCAGGAUAUAAAGAGACUCCUAAAUAAUUCAGAAGGUUUAUUGGCAGACUUAUUUCUCUCUCCUAUAUGUUCUGUUUGUCUGGAGUGGCAUCAUUCAGCAACAUUCCCAGCUACCGCCGGUCCAUUUUCCCAAACUGUCUAUGAGAUCACCUAGGCUUUGAACUAAGCACAUCCUUUAUCUUUUACCUAUCCACUCACCCUGUUUUUUUUUUUUUCAUUUAGAUUUGUUUUUCCUAGGGGAUUUGGGAUGGGUGGGGGUUACGAUUCAUAGUUAGAAGAGUUUUUAUGUCCGUGCCUACUUGAUUCAGUUUGAAAUUCAUUUUGCACCCAUAAUCCUUGAUGGCUGCUUCUCUUUUACUUGGUGUUGUGUCUUUUUCUAUGGGACAUUAUCUUUAACAGCCUUACAACUUUACUGAACAAGACCUCAAAAUUGGUCAAUGGUGAACGGUGUGUGCGUGAGUUUAUGUGUGUGUGUAUGAAUAUGGAAAAUAUCUACUUUGUCUUCUGAAGUCACAUCAGUGUGAUAAAGCAGCGCUUUUGGUUUUAGUUGUUGUUUUAAUUAACAUUUUUUGUUUUUUCGUUUAUGUCUUUCUGCCUCUUGCAGUCCUUGUUUUGAAAUGUAUAAAUGAUUGUCAUUUCUUCAAUCAGUCAUUCAGUCCUGUUGUUAUGCAUUAUGACUGAUAACAAUGUCUUUACCCCAGUACACAAGUACAGACAAACUUGCCGCCAUAUUUGUAACCCUAGCUUGUACUUAAAAAGGUUUCGCUACUAAUAUCAGAGCAACUAUAUGAAAUUGAUGUAUGUAUUUUAAUGGGUGUUUGCAGUUUAUAUAAAUGGUUACAAAAUAUUUUUAUCAUACAUUUAAAAACGAAACCGAUCACCAGGCAUAAAGGCAUCACUUCAGCUUCAGGUUAUAUUAUUUAUGCAGUAUAUUUUUUAACAAGAAUUUAAUAAUUCAUAUAUAUGGUGAUGUAAUUGUUAAAUGUGACCCUGUCUGUGAAAUCCUGGUUUAAGUCUUAUAAUCUAAUAAUGAGUACAUUCAGAUUUAACUUACUCAGUCAAUAUUAAAGAUGUCAAGGUUAUAUUUUUACAUCAUUUUCUUUACAUUAUGUAGGAUGAUUUUGUAUAGAAAACAGUAAAUCACAAAAAAUGACUCUAGCUGGGUUUCACAGGAAGGGUCACAAAUUAUUCAUCAGUCUUCAUCAAAUCCCGUUUUAGAUCAUUCUAGCUCCUACAGAUGUUUGUGACUGAGAUGAAGAUGUACAAGAGGUAAAUCUGACCCUAGAUCAGUCCACAUACUCUGGGAUUUUUCAUUGUGUUCAUUUACAAAGGUUGACAUGUAGAUAAUGACAACUUUGGUGCCCCUUGUAUGAUAUGAAAUUGCACCCAAAGUUGAUGUUAAUAUGUCACACCCACCCCUCAACAUUCAUUAAUACAGUUAAACUUAAUACAGUUUUGUCUGAGAUUGUGUAAUAAUUGUAAAGUACUGUGUAGAAAAAGUUGGAUGGUAAGAGACAACUCGGUGAAAGAGAGAGAGAGAGAUUUCUUCCUUUGGUGCUUUCAAAGGGAUGUCUGUUUUUGAAAUAGGAAUAUAAAAGAGAUUAAACGGUUUUAACAUGAAAUCUUGUACAGCACUAUAGAUUUAUCAUACCUAUAUUUUUGUUUUGGUUUACAAGUGAACAUUUGAUAGUGCCCAUUACUUUGUGAAUAAAGUGUUGAAUGCCUAAA